CAAAAUUCCGGCCUCACUUUGCUGCACUUCGCUGCAAAAGAGUCAAGCGAGCAAGUUGUUAAGGUUUUGAUUGAGAGGGGGGCAGAUGUUAACGCAAUUUCCGAUACAGGCGCGACACCACUUUGGUUAGCUGCAGACGCCAGCAUCGCUCCCAAUGUAAGGCUGCUGCUCUAUGCCCGAGCAAAAGUGUUGCCAGAAUCAGGUCUUGGUUGGAAUCCUCUACAUGCUGCUGCCAGAAGUGACUCUCUCGAAUGCAUAAAACUCCUUCUUGAUUAUGGU